AUGUCAGAGUCCAGGAUGAGGACUUUCAGGAAAUGUAUUCAGCAAGUUGAAGGUAUUGACACCUCAAUAGGAUUGCGAUUAGAUGUGCCUACUAGAUGGAAUUCUACUUAUGAUAUGCUUGAAAGUGGAAUAAGGUAUAAAAGAGCUUUUGUUUGCAUGUCUUGUCAUGAUACUAGCUUUAAACAUUGCUUGUCAAAUGAAGAGUGGAGGAGAACAGAGGAAAUGUGCACUUUCUUACAGCCAUUUGCAAUUAUUACAACUUUGAUUUUUGGCACAUCCUAUCCUACCUCAAAUAUGUAUUUUGGGCAAAUGUCAAAAAUUGAGAUUUUAUUGAAUGAAGCUAUUAGCAAUCGUGAUCCUGUGAUUUCUAGUAUGACAGUUAGAAUGAAGGAGAAAUUUGACAAGUAUUGGAGUGACUAUAGUGUAAUCCUUUCUAUUGAAAGUGUUUUUGAUCCACGAGUAAAGCUUGAAGUGAUUAAGUAUUUUUACUCACUGAUUGAUCCUGUAAAUUACUUCAUGAAAGUUGAUAAUAUCAAGCAGAAGUUGUAUUGUAUGUUUGAUCAAUAUAAAGAAAUAGGUGGAUCUUCCAUUAAUCUUACACUAAGUUCAACUCUAACACAAAGUCAACCAAGCUCAAGCACUAGUGGAAGGAUGUUAGAAAAGAAGAGGGAACCAACCAUGUCUUGGACUCAAGCUUAUGGUGACUUCCUUAAUUUCAAGAGUAGGGAUACUUCUUCCAUUGGAAAAUCUGAAUUAGAUUAUUAUUUGAAAGAAGCUUCCCUUGAUGGUCACCAGUUUCCAGAGUUAGAUGUGUUGCAUUGGUGGAAGACUAAUCAACAAUGA